UAUAUAUAUAAUGCAAAUAUUUGUCGUUCAAAAGACAAGUGCAUCGGUGUAUCUUCAUGGAUAUCUACGUACGUAAAAUGAAAAAUAUUUUAAUCGUUGAAUCGAUACUGCUAAUUACAAGAUAACAACCAUUCGUACCGAUAACAAGAAGUGAAUUUGUAAUAACAGUUGGGAUUCGUAAUAACAGUGGAUGGAAACGAUUGCGUAUUAUAUAUAAUUUAUUGUAGUUUGAAUGAAUUUUAUAAGAUAUUCUUUAUUGUCAGGAAAAUAUAACCUUCCUGAAUAAUCUGAUUUCUCGAUAAUGAUAGACAAUAAUCUCAAUUUAUCGAUUAAAUAAAGAAAUAUACAGUGAUUAUCGAAGAUACCUUCUUCACAAACGAUAAAUGGCUUGAUGAAUCAUGUCGUUUCAAAAGAUUUCUUAAGAUGGAGCAUCUACAGUCUGUUGGAUUGGUUACGUAUAAACGAAUGUUUUAACGAAUUAUCUUUUCCUUUGAGUGGUAUAUGCUAAAACAGAGAUAAAAACGAUAAGUGAAGCAAAGCAACGAACAAAUAAAUGGACGAAUGGACGGACCAUGUUACGAUUUAUGCGAAAUCCUCUCUCGCUGAAAAUGAAGAACUCGCAUGAGGAUACAAAGAAAAAGGCACCGGAUGGUGGUUGGGGCUGGUUCGUUUGCCUAGGUAGUAGUUUAAUCUCGCUCUCCUUGAGAUCAUUGGAUCCAUCUUUUGGUCUUCUCUUCCAAGAUCUUUUGGAAGAUCUCCAUAUUGAAUCUACUGGAACGUCAAUGAUAAUGAGCAUACUUGAUGCUAUCGUCAAUUUUUCAGGUCUCUUUGUUGGACCAUUGUUGAAGAAAUAUUCUUACAGAAAAGUCGCAUUCUUUGGUUCACUACUGAGUUGCACAGGUCUUAUGUUGACUUCCAGGGCGGACAGCAUGUUUUAUUUGAUAUGUACUUAUAGUAUUUUAGGAGGCUUUGGUACAGGAAUCGCGAUCGCAUCCGCCUUUGUAGCCUUGAACACUUUCUUCGACAAGAAACGCGGACAAGCGGUGGGCUUCUCAAUGGCUGGAACAACCUUGGCAAUGAUGUUGGUACCGCAACUCGUUCACGUACUUCUAAGAUCCUACGGAUUUCGUGGAACAAUGUUAAUUAUAAGUGCAUGGGCACUUCAUUCGGUAGUCGGUGCCUGUCUUUUGAAGUCUUUGGAAACUCGAAAAGAAGUCUCAAAACCUAAAAAAAUCACAGAGCCAAAGGAGAAGGAUGCUUUGCUGCAAAAAUAUUCAAUGUCUCUACGUAAAGUGACGAAUGAUACGAGUCAUGAAACGGACGGUAGAAAAAGAAGCGAAACGAAGAACGAUUCAAAAAUCAUCGAGGUCGAGGACGAUGAGAAUGAUAAAAAAACAACGUGCUUUGGCAAAUUAAAGAAAACUUUCGACUUGGAUCUUCUCAAAGAUACGGUCUAUCUGAACGUAAUUAUAGGUACUAGCCUCUAUUACGUGGCAGAAUCAAAUUUCAAGUUGAUGACUCCAUUUUUCCUCUCGAGCAUCGGAAUGACCAAGGCGGAAGUCGCUUUUUGUUUAUCCCUCACUGCUUUUACGGACAUCCUCGCACGUCUGACGUUACCAACGAUCUUCGAUAAGUUUGGCUUGAAGAAGAGAUCGAUAUUUUGGAUUUGUUCGGUCAUGGUUGGUUUUGGACGUUCCGUAUUGGCCGAGCGAACAAAAGGAACGACCUUGAUAGUGAUAUUCAUAAUAAUAGGAUUUUUGCGUGGAGCUACUUUGGUCAAUUUAAACCUCAGUAUCUCCGAAUGUUGCUCUCUAAAGAAACUCCCAAGUGCUUUUGGAAUAUUUAUGGUCUCGAAGGGUAUAUUCGUUGUUGCUAUGAGUCCACUUAUUGGAUAUAUACGAGACUACACACAGAGCUACAGAAUAUGCAUUCACGUAAUGACGAGCCUGAUCAUUCUGACUUUUGUCUCGUGGACUGUUGAGUUCUCAUAUUUCGGCCUACGUAAAAGGAAACGCGACUUGAUUGAAGAAACACAUAAAAGUACAAUAGAAUAACGAGUUGUUAUUUUUUUUAACGAGAGCGAAGUAUUUAUAUGAGCGCUCAUGCAGAUUUAAAAGAUCCAUCUUGGAUGAUAGAAUGAUCGAUCUUGUACAGUAAUUCAAGUAUUAAUCCAAUUUGCGAUAUAUAAUACUUUUAUUUAUACGCUAUUGACUAGUAGUUUUACGUUUUAUGACUCCAUAUAUAUUAAAUGAUAGAAAUGCACUUAAACACGA